AUGGGCAAACCGAUGGAACUGCAGGGGGUACAGGUUACAGUGUGCUCCCAGUUGGGUGCACCAAGCAACAGGGGUGUCUUCCAGGAUGGAGACGUGAUUAUCGGUGGACUCUUUAGUCUGCACUACAUACCUUCAGCUGUAGAACAGGACUUCACCAAACUGCCACAUUACAAUCCUUGUACUGGUUUAGAAUUACAGGCAUUAAAAUACAUGUAUACUAUGGCAUUUGCUGUGGAGGAAAUCAAUCAAAACAGUGCUCUGCUACCAGGAAUAAAAUUGGGUUAUCAUAUACUUGAUAGCUGCGGCCGAUACCCGUGGGCUCUGCAAAGCGCUGUCUCACUGGUUGGUGGCGACAGACAGAGCUGCAAUUUAACAGCCUCCUCACUUUAUUCUGAAGUUUACAAAGAAGCUGGAGAAACAGCAGGUGUUCAGCCUGUUCCUUUUAUCAUUGGUGGUCACUCAUCUACAACAGGCAUAAUACUGUCCAGGACCCUGGGGCCUCUCUCUAUCAGCUACUUGGCUAGCUGCCCCUGUCUUAGUGACAGAUCCAACUUUCCUAACUUCUUCAGAACAAUCCCCAGUGAUAUCUACCAAGCUCGGACCAUGGCACAACUGGCCAUACGUCUCAACUGGACUUGGAUUGGAGCUGUGCUUGCAAACAAUGAUUACGGUCAAAUGGCAAUACAGGUAUUUAAGGAAGAGAUUAAGGGGAAAAGGGUGUGUCUGGAAUUCAUAGAGACUAUUCACAGAGAAACUAUUGUGAGUGAUGCCAGACGGGUGGCGCUCACCAUCCAAUCUUCAACUGCAACUGUGAUUAUGAUCUUUUGCUGGUAUACAGAUGUAAAGGAAAUAUUUAUGGAACUUGCCAAGAAAAAUGUGACUGACAGACAGUUUCUGGCCAGUGAGGCUUGGAGUACCAGUGAUGAUCUUCUCCAAGAUAUUACCAUUUCUAAAGUGGCAAGUGGUGUUCUUGGUGUUGCCAUUCGAAGUUCAACAAUACCAGGAUUUGAAAAUUAUCUGAAAAAUUUGAGUCCGUCUCGUCGUCCUGAUGAUGAUUUUUUGAGAGAAUUUUGGGAAAAGGAGUUUGGUUGCAGUUAUGUGGACACCUCACUCUCACUAGGUGACCAUAUGUCAAAUAUUUCUACUUCAUCUUUACCACCCUGCAGUGGGACAGAGUCCAUGAAGGAAGUGCAACAUUUCUUUAGUGAUACAUCCCAGCUAAGAGUGGCAUAUAAUGUCUACCUUGCUGUUUAUGCUGCAGCCCAUGCCCUUAAAAGCCUACUCUCUUGCCCCAGCGGAGAUAUCCCUCCUAAAAAUAAUAUCUCUGUUUGCUCCUUUCCAAAACACAUCAAAGCUAUCGAGCUGCUGCAGCACACAAACACAGUGAAUUUCACAACACCACAAGGAGAAGUGUUUUAUUUCCAAGGAGGUGACCCUCCAGCAAAGUAUGACCUUGUCAACUGGCAGAACACGCCUGGGGGGACACUAAAACUUGUUUUGGUUGGUCAGGUAGACGGUUUUGACCUCCACCUUAAUGAGUCAGCUAUUCGGUGGAGCACAGGAUCCAAUCAGGUGCCUGUUUCAGUGUGCAGUAAAAGCUGUCCCCCAGGUACUUGGAUGGCAGAUAGGAAAGGGAAACCUGCCUGCUGUUUUGACUGUAUUGCAUGUGCUGAAGGGGAGAUUAGCAAUAAAACCAGUUCACUUUACUGUGAGCGGUGUCAGUCUGAGUUCUGGUCCAACGCUGAAAAGACUGCCUGCAUCCCUCGGCAGCUGGACUUUCUUUCCUUUAAUGAAACUUUGGGUGUCACUCUCACAACAGCAGCUAUGUCUGGCGUCACUGUGACAACAGCUGUCUUUGUGGUGUUUCUUUUCUACCGUAAAACACCUGUGGUACGAGCCAACAAUUCAGAGUUGAGCUUCCUGCUUCUUCUGUCACUCAAGCUCUGCUUCCUGUGCUCACUGGUGUUCAUUGGCCGCCCAUCAGUCUGGUCCUGUCGGUUCCAGCAGGCUGCAUUUGGGAUCAGCUUUGUGCUUUGUGUUUCUUGCCUCCUGGUAAAAACCAUCGUGGUCUUGGCUGUUUUCCACUCAGCUCGGCCUGGUGCCGAAACCUUGAUGAAGUGGUUUGGCCCUGGGCAACAGAGAGGAAGUGUCUGCUUCUUUACAUGCAUACAGGUUAUCAUUUGCGCCAUAUGGUUGUGCCUUAGCCCUCCCAGGCCUCAAAGUGAUCUUGGUUUUCAGGGGUCAAAGGUCACCUUGGAGUGUGCCAUGGAGUCUGUGGUGGGCUUCUCCCUUGUCCUGGGCUACAUUGGCCUGCUGGCCUGUACCUGCCUCCUCUUGGCGUUUCUUGCUCGUAAACUUCCUGACAACUUCAACGAGGCCAAACUCAUCACUUUCAGCAUGCUGAUUUUCUGUGCUGUUUGGGUGGCCUUUGUGCCUGCUUACAUUAGUUCUCCAGGGAAGUAUGUUGUUGCUGUGGAAGUUUUUGCAAUACUUGCCUCUAGCUAUGGUUUACUGAUUUGCAUUUUUGCCCCCAAAUGUUUCAUCAUUCUUUUGAGGCCCGAGAAGAACACAAAGAAACAUCUUAUGGCUAGAUAG